AUGACGCCUUCAGAAAUCAUCAAGCGCAUGCAAGAUGCUGCUGCGGCAUACGAUAGAGAAGAGCUCGGAGCUCGAGCAACUCUACUGGACUUGAAUCGCCAGCUCCUGGCAGAACUGGAGACACCAACCGAUUUUGUGCAGCGUAUCUGGUUCACUACUGCUUCUCUUGGUGGUAGUCUCGAAGUCGCAAACAACACAAAGAUCUUCCAACAUCUGCAGAAAGCUAAAGAUGGACUUACCACCCAAGCCCUUUCUGAAAAGACUGGUAUCGCCGUGCCUUUACUCGAUCGUUUCAUGAGACAUUUCGCCGCUCACAAAGUUGUCCGUUUCUCCAAGUCCACUGGUUGGCAUGCAACGGAUCUUUCCAACACCCUGGCCAAGGAGAACUACCAACACAGUAUCUCGUUCUGCCAACUUGCCGCCGCAAAGUCGUUUUGCUUCUUCCCCGAUCACUUUAAGCAGGCAAACUACCAGCAUCCCGGCUUACAUGAUGGUCCAUACCAAUAUGCCCACAACUCUUCCCUUCCGUUCUUCGACUGGCUAGUUGCAAAUCCUCCUUAUGUUAACUGGUUUGGAUCAUUCAUGUCAGUAUAUAGGGCUGGUAACCCGGAUUGGUGGGAGUUCUAUCCUGUCAAAGAGCGUCUAGCUGUCGGUUUUGACAAAUCUAACAGCGAUGUGUUCUUGGUUGACGUUGGGGGUGGCCGAGGGCAUGAUCUAUUGUCUUUUUCAAACGGAAUCCAUUCAUCUGGCCGACUAGUCCUACAGGACCUACCAGAAGUCAUCGCAGAUGUGACCGAGACAACCGCCUUUGAAAGCCAAGCUCACGACUUCUUUACACCGCAGCCCAUACAUGGAGCUAGAUCAUACUUCCUCCACUCCAUCCUUCACGACUGGAGUGCCGAGCAUGGUGUUCAGAUACUGAAGAGCCUGAGGCCUGCUCUGAAACCAGGAUAUUCGAGAGUCCUGAUCAAUGAGAUCGUCCUCUCCGAGGAGAAUCCUUCCCUACCUGCUACCUCGAUGGAUAUGAUGAUGCUAGGACAUAUCGGGGAGGCCUGCGAGCGUACCGAGGAGGACUUCAGAGCCAUGGCAGCAGAAGCUGGGUUGGAGGUCGUUGGGGUCUUUUCCAAUGCCGCAUCACCUGAGAGUGUCAUUGAGCUCAUGAUUCCAUGCAAAGAGAAUCGAGUCUAG